ACAAGAGCUCGUCGAACGAACUUGAUGCUGCCACGUUCUCUUGCUUCAUCGCAUCUCUUUCAUCUUUAGUUUCCGCCCGUUUCAGGUGGGGGGUGAUACUUGCUUUUGUUGGUGGCCUUGUUCUGUCCUAUUUUUGAGCCUUUGUUCUGGGCGCCUCGUGCAGCUCGAGCUCCCCCAUCAGGCAUUGUCACAUGGGCCGUAUGUAGGCGGCGAUUCCUGCAACUUCCGAUCUCCUCUACAUUCUUCCCACCCCAACGCUCACACCUUUUAUCCUAUCGUCAUUUUCUCGCCUUUCGGAUAACUGUUAGAUUUUGGCGAUAUCUUAUUUUAUCGGCGGGGUUUACUUGGACGUGAUCCGGCGGGAUGCAGUACGUCCGAAGCAUCAGUGGCUCCGUCUCCAAGACAUGGAAUUCUAUCAAUCCAGCAACUUUGAGCGGGGCCAUUGAUGUGAUUGUUAUUGAGCAGGAAGAUGGUGAGUUCGAUUUACAGUUCACUAUCGCAUGGAAUCUAAUAGCUGGAUUUUAGGAACUCUCGCCUGCUCGCCCUUCCAUGUCCGUUUCGGCAAGUUCUCUCUGCUCCGGCCUUAUGAGAAGAAGGUAUAUUGAACCCCGCACCGUGCGCUGGUUGUUCCUUCAGUGUGACUGAGCUGGUAUAUAGGUGGAAUUUCAAGUCAAUGGAGUCAAACAGGACUAUUCGAUGAAGCUGGGUGAAGGUGGAGAG